AUGAUGUCGAAUCGCGCUUCCGCGAAGAGAUCGCGCCAGCGCCGUCAGGUGCGGCUGGAGGAGCUCGAGAUCCAGUCUGCCAAGCUCAAGAUGGAAAAUGCUGCAGUGCAGCGACGGCUGACCGAGGCAACCGACAAGAUCCGUCGCUUCCAGGAGCAGAACGUGAAUCUGGAACGCGAGCUUAAGCGGCUGCGGAAAGAGCUGGACGAUUGCAGUGGCGGAAGCAACGCGGGAGCGGCGGGGUCGACUCUGUCGCAAGGCAGCAAGCCGUCAUCGCCGGAGAAGGAAUCAGCUCUGUCGUCUCCCCUCACGGCUGUUACGAACGGGCUGACUGAUGAAGACGCGAAGGGACCGGGAAAGCGGAAGAGAACGGAGGAGAACGCGGCAGACGUUGACGAUUCUCCAAAUGAUUCUUCGGAUCCGGUCCUCCUUCCAGCCGUUAACGAUGUUGUGAAGGCUGAAUCUCACUUUCUGAGUGAGCAGGGCGAUGUGGGUACGGACGGUGAGGAUGAGUCGGAUUGCCAGCUCUCUGACUCCACGGCGAUCACACCUGCUGAGGGAGCUGCAGCUGCGCUUCCCGCCGGUGAUGGCAAGGGAAACCCUAUUGCUCCUGCAGGCGGAGCGCAGGCCCUGACGCAUUUGGGCAAGCGGACGUACUGCCAGUCAGAAGCUGGCCGGCCUACGCACCAGACGCAUCGCGACCGUUCAGUGAGCGCUUGGCGGGAACCUGACUCACAACAGGUAGCGGGGAUCAGCUUCAGCAGCAUCACCAAAGCCUUUCAGCCUGCUGGGACUUUCCCAGCUGCAGGCUCCUCAGGGCCUCUCGGGGAGGUGUUUUCCCAGCACGCUCCCUCACCAGCAGGGGCAUGGUCGCUGGUGCAGCAGCGCAGUGCGACGAAGAAGGCCAUGGGGUCCACACAGAACGGCCGGGACUCGCAGCCCAAGCACCUGGGGGUGAAGAAGUCGGGCGGACAGGGAGUGGUGGCUGGCAACAUUAUUGUGAGGCAGCGGGGAACCCGCUUCUACCCCGGGGAUUUUGUAGGCAUGGGGAGAGACCACACUCUCUUUGCUCUCAAGGACGGGCGAGACAUCAUGGCAGGUGGUAAGGGAGGAAGGAAGAAGAAGAGCAAAGGAGGGCCGCAGGGAGGGACCGUCGGAGGGUCGUCCGUUGGUGGCGGUGCCGCUGCUGCUUCUGGCGAUGGCAUUUCCGCCAAGAUGUUGGCAAAUGCGGCGUCGAAUGCGGCUUCAAAUGCAGUGCCGUCAGCAAAAGCAGCAUCUUCCGCGAAAAUGGGAUUUUCCCCAGCCGCUGGAUCUGCUUCCAAGGCGUCUUCUAAGGCUGCUGACGCUGACGAGGAUGUGUUUCACGCACGCGCCAUGGAGCUCAAGGCGGAGGGCAACCAGCAUUUCCAGGCGCGGGAAUAUGCAGCAGCCAUGGAGCGAUACGGCAAGGCCAUCAAGCUGCUGCCCGCCAGCCAUGCCGACAGGGCAAUUCUUCACAGCAACCGUGCGGCCUGUCUGCUGCAGAUGCGCCCGGUGGACUACGAGGGCGUGAGGGCGGAGUGUGACGCCAGUCUUUCUCUCAACCCGGGCUUCUGCCGCGCGCUGCUGCGCCGCGCCAAGGCGCUGGACGCGCUGGGGGAGAAGGACAAGGCGGAGGCUGACGUGGACGCUAUCAUCAAGGCGGAACCCACCAAUCAGGACGCAUGGGAGCUAAAAAAACGGCUGCAGAAGCUGAAAGCCCCUCCUGCCAGCAAGCAGCCCUCCUCCCUCUCCCCCACUGCCGCGACUGCUACCGCCACGCCUUCAUCGCUCACCACCACCCCACAACCCAUCCCCACCGCUCCCACCGCCUCUGUUGCACCAUCCCCACCCGCCUCUGCUCCCAACCCCGCCACUGCGAGCCAAGCAGAAGCAGUGAAGCCUUCCCCUGAGAACAAAGUCCCGCCUUCCUCCUCUGCCCCUCCAACCGCGACCAAGGGACUAGGUGCUGAUUUGGCUGCUGCUCCAGGUUCUGGGUCAGCUGCUGCUCCGGCUUCUGAUUCAGCUUCUGGGUUGGCUUUUGGUUCGGGUGCUGAUUCGGGAGGCGGGAUCAGCCACAUGCCGCAGCUGCCGCCCAGAAAGCAGCAGGCAGCAGCCGAAACAAGGGAGGGAACGGGGACAGAGGCGGCAGUAAAGAAUGGAGACGGAAAGACGAAGGCUGGGAGAAAAGGGGAGGUAGGGUCAAAGAGGGGAGCGAGAGAAGGAGGAAGAGGAGGAAGAGGGGGAAGAGGAGGAGGGGAGGCGCGAGUUGAGAUGGUGAAGGAGAAGAGGGUAGUGAGGAGGAAGGUGGUGAGGAAGAGGAUGCAGAAGGUGGUGAGGAUGCGGAGGGAGGAGAGGCGAGUGCCGACGGUGCGAGUCAAAGUGACUUUGGCGACGGGCAGAGACACAAGGCUGGCUCAGAUGCCUGUGGGGUGUGGCUUCCAGCAGCUGCACAGAAUCGUGGGAGCUUGCUUCCCCCAUUUGAACGGCAAGCCCUUGCUCCUGCACUACACUGACUGUGAGGGCGACCUCAUUACAAUCACAUGCAAGGAAGACAUCGCCACGGCACUCAAAUUGGCGGUUGCUCCUCCUGUUGCUGCGAGUGCUUCUGCAGAGUCAAAAGCGGAACUGGAAACCGAGAAAAAGGAUCAGUCGAAGCAGGGGAAUGAUGAGGGUGAAUUGGAGCCGGUGAAGGAAGCAGAAUCAGGUGCCAAGGAGGCUAGUGACAUGCUGCCCUGUGAUGGUAGCAGCACUACAACAACCGCUGCUACCACUGCCACCACCACUGCCUCUGCCACUGCUGCCACCGUAGCACCACCCGCCGUAACCAUCACUAGCAGCGCAAAGAACAGCAGCAGCAUCGUCAGCACAGUGCUGCGGCUGCAUGUGACGUCGCUCAGCCAAUCAGAGCAGGCGCAGGCGCCAGCUGUGCCUGCUGACGAUGCUGACGUGGCAGAGGUGGAGUGGGAGGAGGUGGAGGAGGAGGGAGAGGAGGAGGUGGAGGUGGAAGAGGAGGAGGAGGUAGAGGAGGAGAUAGAGGUCCCUGUGAGUGUGGGGAGGGACGGGGAAAAUGUGGGGGAAGCAGAAGAGGAGGGAGAGGAGGAGGGAGAGGAAGAGGAGGAGGGGGGAGAGGGGGAAGAAGGGGAGGAGGAGGAGGAGGAGGAGGCGCAACAGGAGGUUCUGGUUGAUUCGUGGAUUAUUCAGUUUGCCGACCUUUUUAGGGAGCGGCUGGGCAUUGAUUCGCUCGCCAGCUUUGACCUGGCCGAUGCUGAUGUGGCAGCGGUUAAUAGGGCGCUGGAGGGGACGGUGGAGGCAGAGGAAGCUUCUGAGUUGCUGCAGCAGGCGGCUGCCAAGUUUCAGAGCAUGGUGACAGGCAGCAGUGGCGCAUUUGAACGGGGGCAACACCUCAAUGCCUUUUGUCUCUGCCCUUCUGCUCCCCCCCCCCCCCCUUUCUUCCCUUUCGAGCAGGCUGCAGUGGCGCAUCUGAAUUGGGGCAACACCUACGUCUGGAUGGCUCGGCGCAGGCUCGGGCUCAAACCUGCUCCCGAAACUGCUCACACCACCACCGCUGCUGCAGCAGCAACUGCUGCGGUUAGCAACACAGAGAAGGAUGGAAUGAAGGCAGAAGAAGGGGGCAUUGAAUCAGGCAAGACGGGUGACGAAGCAGAGAAGGUGGGGAUGGAGGCGGACAAGGGGAGGGCGGAGAAGGAGAAGGAGGCGUUGAGAGAGAUAAGGGGGGAUCCAGAGAGGCGAGCAGCCAAGCUGGGGGAGGUGGAGGCGGCUCGGGAGGUGCUGGAGCAGGCUCGGGAGAAGUAUGAGGCUGCUCUGACGGUGCAGCCGAACUUGCCAGAUGCGCUGGUGGCGCUGGGGCAGCGCUGCUGGCGCUGGGGCAGUGCUUUGUGGAGAUGGCCCGUGCAGAGGAGUUGGGGGAGGGGCAUGGGAGCAGACUCACUCGCUCAAAUCCCUCUCACUGCUGUGCUUUCUUACCCUUGGCAGGCGCUGCUGGCGCUGGGGCAGUGCUUUGUGGAGAUGGCCCGUGCGGAGGAGUUUCUGGCAGUGCUGGAUGGGGAGGAGGGCGGGGAGGUGGAAGAUGGAGAGGAGGGAGAGAAGGGGGAGAAGGGGGAGAAGGGAGAGAAGAGGGAGAAGGGAGAGGGAGAGAAGGGGAAUGAGGGGGGAGAGGGGAAGAAGCGUAUGAGAGGAGUGCUGGAGUGUUUGGCUCAGGCAGAGGAGAACUUCAGCGCUGCUGUCAAGGCAUGUGACACUAUCGAGCAGGAUCAUGUAAAGCAGCAUGAAGUAGCAGCAGCAGCAGAAGGAGAGGCUGAGGAGGAAAACUCUUCUGAGACGGAGCAGGAUGGAGCGGAAGAGCCCGGGCGUAUGGCACAUACUGCCAAGCACGGCCACCCGGAGCACAAGCACGCCCUCAUCCUCUCACCUCCUUCCCUUCUCCCCUUCGCUUCCACCCCCUCCUCCACUCCCCCUCUCCCCCAUCCUUCCCUCUUCACUCCCCACACCUCUAUCUGGCUGCUGUGUCUGGUGCAUUGUAUGAUAACUGAUCAGUUCAAGCUGUCAGAUGCGGGAUGGGAAUCGUCUCUUGAGGCGGCUGUAGCAGCAUUCAAGGGUGUGGGAGUGUCAGAAGAGGAGGUGCAACGUGUACUCGCCACACAUGCCUCGUCUUCGCAGGCAGCAGCAAGCUCAUCCCCUCAGUCUUAG